AGCGAUGUAGCCGAUUGGCCGAGUGUAUCCAGUUGGAGCAGCUGAUCACUCACUCACUCUCACAGACACAGACAGACAGACAGACACAGACAUGUCGGCCAGACUGUUCGGCAGGUUGGCCGGUGUCUCAGGGGCUUUGGCCGUCGCCGCCGGUGCCUACGGAGCCCACGGAUUCCGACGCAGUGACCGAGACGAAUAUUUGAAGGAGCUGUUUGAAACGGCAAAUAAAUACCAUUUCCUGCACAGCCUGGCCUUGCUGGGGGUCCCUCAUUGUCGAGCUCCACUGCUGGCUGGCUCCUUGUUGACCACUGGGAUGGUGAUGUUCUGUGGGUCCCUCUAUUACCAGGCGUUAACAGGCGACAGCACAUUCACCAAAGCGGCCCCUUAUGGGGGCUCGUUGCUGAUCUUUGGCUGGGUGGCUAUGGCCUUCUGACACCCAACAGCCGAGACUCACCAGGACAGACGGGAGCUGAAGUUCGACGUCUCCGAAAAUCCUGCGCUCUUGUCUCGUUCACAGGCUAUAGACUGUGAGCUCAAAACUCCUGACUGAUUUUGUGUGUGUGUGUGUGUGUGGGGGGGCUUGAACCCACAAUCUUCUGACUCCCUGGGGGUAGGAGCGCUAUCGUCGUCAGAAUAAUAAUAUUAACAAUAAUACUUGCAUUUGAUACAGCGCCUCAUC